GGAGGAGGAGGAGGAGAAGAAGGAGGAGCCCAGCCCGGCGCCGCGUCCCUCACCGCCCCCAAAAUGGCGGCGGCGGCGCUGCUGCGGCCGCGGGCGGGCAGCGGCGGGCCCGGGGCGCUGUGGCGGACCCAGCGCCGCCAGCGCAGCACUUUCGACGUGGCCGUGGUCGGUGCGGGCAUCGUGGGGCUCGCCUCCGCCCGGGAGCUGGUCCUGAGGCACCCCGAGCUCGCCUUCGCCGUGCUGGAGAAGGAGAAGGAGCUAGCUCAUCACCAGAGCGGACAUAACAGUGGUGUAAUUCACAGUGGAAUCUACUACACACCUGGAUCUCUGAAAGCUAAGCUGUGUGUGCAGGGUGCAGCUCUCUGCUAUGAGUACUGUGACCAGAAGGGAAUUCCAUAUAAACAGUGUGGCAAGCUAAUUGUAGCCGUUGAACAAGAUGAAAUUCCAAGACUCAAAGCUCUGUAUGAAAGAGGGCUGCAGAACAAUGUCCGAGGUCUGAAAUUGAUUGGAUCAAAAGAAAUACAAGCGAAAGAGCCCUUCUGCAGGGGUCUGAUGGCCCUUGAUUCUCCAUAUACUGGUAUUGUGAAUUACAAACAAGUGGCCGAGUCCUAUGCUGAAGACUUCCAGGAAGCAGGUGGAACAAUCUUGACUGAUUUUGAAGUUACGGGCAUGGAGAUGGCUAAAGAAAGCUCUUCAGAAAGUGCAGAUGGACUGAAAUACCCAGUCAUUGUUAGGAACUCUAAGGGUGAGGAAAUCUACUGUCGGCACAUUGUGACCUGUGCAGGACUCUACUCGGACCGCCUGUCUGAAAUCAGCGGCUGCAGCCCUGAGCCUCGUAUUGUACCCUUCCGUGGAGAUUAUUUGGUGCUAAAACCAGAAAAGUGCUAUAUGGUUAAAGGAAACAUUUACCCGGUUCCUAAUCCUCGGUUCCCGUUCCUGGGCUUUCAUUUCACACCAAGAAUGGAUGGCAGCGUUUGGCUUGGUCCUAAUGCAGUAUUAGCCUUUAAGCGAGAGGGCUACAAAUUGUUUGAUUUCAGUACUACAGACUUCUUUGAUGCUGUACUGUACAGUGGGUUAUGGAAGCUUGUGCUGAGAAACCUGUCGUAUGGACUGAGUGAAAUAUACAGAGCGUGUUUCCUUAGUGCACAGGUGAAGGAACUUCAGAAGUUCAUACCAGAGGUCACCGUCGAUGACGUACUCAGGGGUCCCUCUGGAGUGAGAGCUCAAGCAUUGGACAGCGAUGGAAAUUUGGUAGAUGACUUUGUAUUUGAUGGUGGCACUGGAGAUAUUGGAAGCAGAAUUCUUCACGUCCGAAAUGCCCCUUCUCCUGCUGCUACCUCCUCCCUUGCCAUUGCAAAAAUGAUUGCAGAUGAAGUGAAGCGAAGAUUUGAAUUGUGAAUAUUGACAGGUGCAGUUUUCCCCCUCUCGUACGUGUGGCAGCUUGUCUGCAUUGAAUGAACUCUGCAGCCUUUAAUGACAAAAGAUGAAACAGGCAAUGUGUUGCUUGCAAGGUCAACGCCUGUAUAGCUGUGCAGUGCAAAACCAGCACUUGAAAUGUUUGCCAGCCCACAGCUCGUCAAUUUCCUGAGCGAAGGAUUUAUGGUACCUGGCAAAACCUGGUAUGGUACUGGCAUCUGCAAGAGCCAAGCAAACAGACCGUUGACAGGUUCAGGUUCACAGUAAAGGCUUGUCCACCUCAGCAGGAGCAACCUGUGGAGGAGCUGGUGCCAGGCUCAGGGCAAGGACUGCAGGGAGCAGUAGGUGGAGCAGGAAGAGUCUCUGUGGUUGGGUUGCCCACCUCUGGAGAGAGAGGAGAAAACAAAAACAAAACAAAACAAAAAAAAACACCCAGGCAUGGGGUGGUUCUCUGUGUGCUUUCUCUCCAUCUCUUUAAAUUGGUCCCCUAACUUGUAUUAAAAUGAUGGAGAUAGAAGGAGAAGCCCUGCUUAAGGAUUCUGCAGAUAUGGAAUGAAAAGCUUUAUCAGAGACUGAAAACAAUAUUCUGAGCCUUUUACAUAAAUGUAAAGUAUUUCAGAGAAAAAUAAGCCUGACGAGAUUACCAAAUCCAAGUCAAUUUAGAUAUGCAAUUCAGAUACACAGUCUAUCUGAUCUGUCUCUGUUUUUUCUAUACAGCAGAAAUAGAAAUGUGUAUAUAAACAGUCAUUUUCAUUUAACUUAAACCUGGGAAGUCAUCACAGAUCAGGAACUACUUCGGCGGUUUGGGUUGGUAUUUUUUUGUUGUUUGCUCUUACCCUUUGAAUACUGGUGGGGCAAAAGGAGCUUAUCUUUGUACAGCAUAUUGAGCAAUCUAGUGGAAAUGGUCUUUGUAAAAGCAAAUGUGAAGGGAGGGAAGCUACAGAAACCUGUCUUAAUUGAGUCAUGUUGCAUACUGCUUCCCUUGGAGCCCGAGCAGCAGUGAGUCAGGAAGGCUUCCCAUUUCCCUCAUGCCUGGCAAGAGGGGAGCUUAGGAAGUACUGGCUACUCCUGUGAGCUCUUAGUGGUACUUGAAGCUUUAUCAAAAGUGCACCUAGAAGAGAAUCUGUGUGGAGAGUGGAGAAAUAUAAAGAGAUGUUAAACAAGUUCUAAGCUAACAGUAUCUCGGUGUGUUCUGCAUAAUUGCUACAAAAAAGAAUUAUGUGGCCCGAGGGACAAAGUACUUCAGAGUACUUUUAAAGCAGAUGUUCACAGGAUGUUGGGUAAUACAGAUAAUUGUGGGUAGUUUGCUACCAGACGAUUUGCCAUACUUUUUUUUUCUUCAUUUACUUUCUGUACCUCUCUGACAUGCAUGAGGGAUUGUGUUAUCGUAGAAGGUCAGGUGUGCUAGCUGAUGUUUUUACUGUACAGAGCUGAGCUGCUUUUGAGUGAGCCAGGGCUUAACCUAUCUGUUUGGGUUUUGUUGUGUUGUUUUUCAUUUGGUGACAUCUACUUUACUGGAAAAGUGACUCCCAUAUAAGGGCAAAUGCAAAUAAUUAGUCCUUCAAAGAAAAGCUUUGGUCUUUAUUUUUAGCCACAGUGACACUAGACAAAGAUUUAGAUGUUCCAAAUGCUAAAAUGCUGUACAGUGUACAAGUUAUAUCUUCACAAUGAAACAAUCAUAUCUUCACUCCCCUCCAGAAGUGUUGCCUAUCAACAGUAAAUACUACAAAAAGAUUGCAAAAGCAACUUCCUCCCACACGAGGUGUGGCCCUAACAUGUAUUGACAGAAUAAAGAACAUUAAAAUGUAAAGCAGUCAUAUACUGCGGUGAAUCUUAAGUCAGCACAUUUAACUGCACAGCCUGCUGUGCUUUUUACUCUCAGGAGAUGAUUAUUUUGGGGUAGAGCUUAACGGAAGCUUUCAAAUUAUGUAGCAUUCUGCAAAAUAUUUAUAUUUUUAGAGAUAAAGAUAUAAAUCUUUUUUUAAAGAAAUAACUUCAGUGAUUUACGAUAAUGGGAUUUAAUACAUAAAUUAUGUGUUGCCCAUUAAGUGUGAAAAUGUAUGAAUGUAUUUUUUAAAAGGGUCCAACUCACUGGGAUGACUUAAUCACCUUGCCUUUCACUAUUGUGGUUAAAAUAGCAUAUUUUAAAAAUUGCUCUAAGGUCUGUGUAUUUCUCCUGAAUUACAGAAAAGUUUCACUGGUAUUUGCUAACUCUCAUCAGAUUUAGAUGGCUAUGUCUCUACAUAAUAGGAAUUACUUGAUUUAUUUAGAGGGCAGGUGCAGAACCUGUCUUCGUGAACUACCUGUACCUUAUCUGUGCUUAUACCACUUCACAGCUUUUUCUCAUACAGGUAUGUGUGCAGCGGGCAGAACUGGUCCUAAGCCUGACCUGGACCUGUAAUGACAUGUGGAUUGGUAAUUCUUGAAAUUCCGAAUAAAUGCAUCAAGACA